ACAUCGAUUGUAACUUUGACUCGCCUUUAAGUUUCUCCUAUGACCAUAAAUUUGGUAGAGAUUCGCGGAUUUGAGAGCCAUGGGAGGAGCUUGUGACAAACAAAGAAGUCGUUGGUGGAUCUACAGAAGAGAAAGGGCUACACAAGGGAGAGAAGGUGAGAGGAAAGGGAAGAUUGUCGCUGGCUGGUUGAGGAGCCAUCUGCAGCGGGAAGAGAAGGAAGAGGCUGAAGAUCUGCAUGGGGAAAAGGAGGAAACCGAAGGAAGAGAGAAGUCGAAGGUCGCUUGGGAGGGGAAGAGAGAAAUCCGACGGCUUUGGGUAUGGCUGAAGCUCGAUCGUCGGUGACUUUGAGGGAUGGCUACUAGUUGGUUUAGGGAGGAGAAGUGUAAGGAUAGGUCCGAGGUCCCUAACCUCGAACAUACUGUUACAGUUCCUUAAUAACCGAAGUGAAGUUAA